AUUAGAGCAUUAAAUCAGAGUUUUUUUCUCAGUCGAAUAACGUAUGAGAUAAUGCAUUGCCCGCGUUGGCGCGUUGCGAUGUGGUGGAUAAUUAGAACUUACGUUACAUUUCUACUCGCAUCGGAACUAUAAAAACUCUUCAACUUCAAUUGAGAUCCGCCUCCUCCUCCUUCCACCCUGUGACAAUUGAUUUCCUCUCCUCGAUCCACAUCGCGUCGAUUGAUCCUGCAUUUUUAUUUUUAUUUAGGCAUCAGCAUGUCAACGACUGUCUGGGAUUCGUCUCAGAAUGACGAUUUCAGUUCUGCCAGCAAAACCUUCAACGGGUUCCUAACCGCCGUGAUUGUAACAUCGGUGCUCAGCAUCGUCUCCUUCGUCAUCGUCGUCGUGCUAAUCAUCAGGUGCGUCAACAAGCAUGGCUUACCGGUGAUCAGCGUCAACGCAUCAAUUCCGGUGGCAUCGUCCACGACUCCAGCCUAUCAUACGAUUACCAACGAGCAAAUAAGGAAUACAACGGUGGAGAAUUUCCUGAAUGAAAUAGCCAGGGAGAAGCCCAUCAGAUUCACUUCUCAGCAGCUCGCUCUCUUCACCGGCAACUACGCCACCCAGCUGGGCGCCGGCGGAUUCGGAUCGGUGUACAAAGGCGAAUUACCCAACGGCGUGCCGGUGGCGGUCAAGGUCUUCCGCGGCAAUCUGGACCAUGGCGUCGAGGAGCAGUUCAUGGCGGAAGUGGGCACGAUGGGGAGAACCUACCACAUCAAUCUCGUCCGCCUCUACGGCUUCUGCUUCGACGCCGCCGUGAGAGCGCUCGUAUACGAGUACAUGGAGAAAGGCUCGCUGGACAAAUACUUGUACGAUAAGGACCGAAAGCUGAAUUGGGAGACGCUGCACGAGGUAGCCAUCGGCACGGCCAUGGGAAUCAGGUACCUGCACGAGGAGUGCCAACAGAAGAUCAUUCACUACGAUAUUAAGCCAGGGAACAUCCUCCUCGACUCCAAUUUCAACCCCAAAGUGGCCGAUUUCGGACUAGCCAAGCUGAUGAACAGGGUGGCCAGCCACGUCAUCUUGACCGGAAACAGGGGUACGCCCGGCUACAUGGCGCCGGAGAUAUGGAUGAAUUUGCCGGUGACGCACAAGUGCGACGUGUACAGUUUCGGGAUGCUGUUGUUUGACGUAGUAGGGAGGAAGUGGAACAGCGGUGCUGCCACCGGCAGCGGCACUGAGAGCCUGCGGUGGUUUCCCAAGUUCGUGUAUCAGAAAUUCGAGGGCGGCGCAUUGGGGGAGAUCAUAUCCAGCUGUGAGAUCGAGGAAGACAACAGAGAGGAGGCGGAGAGGAUGUGCAAAGUGGCUUUGUGGUGCGUGCAGAUGAAUGCGGACGCGAGGCCUCCGAUGAGCAAGGUGGUGAAGAUGUUGGAAGGGGAGAUGGAGAUCGUUCCGGUCCCCAUGAAUGAUCCAUUUCCCUAUUUGAACGGAGCGGGUCCGGAGUUUGAUGUGUGGAACGAAGGCGGCACCACCACCGGCUCGUCGUUGAGCAAUCAUAGUGCGACUACGCCCAUCAUGCGCAAAUAUGAGAUCGAAAUCGAAACUCGCAACUGAAUUUUAAUUUAUUGCAAUUGGUAGCCUAAAUUAUAUUUGAAAUGUUACAUUAUUUGUUAGGCGCUAUCAAAUUUAAUCUACUUUAUUUAGUGAGUUCGACCAUUUAUAUGUUUAUGUUUGUUCUCACUCUCAGAAACUCUUGGUAAUAAGAUGUAAACUUC